AUGGAACUCCACAGCAGAUAUCGUGAGCUGGCUCCACAUUUAGUGCCGCUGGAUUACACCAACAACCCCGACAUCAGAGUUCCCCUGGCGCUCAUCGUCGCCAUGCCGGAGCUCAAGGAGAACCCGUUCAGGGACCGGAUCGUGGAGACGUUCUCCGAGGACGGACUCGGGAACCUCAGCUUCAACGACUUCGUCGACAUGUUUUCUGCUCUCUGCGAAACUUCUCCCAGAGAACUCAAAACCAUCUACGCCUUCAAGAUCUACGACUUCAACAGGGACAGCUUCAUCUGUAAGGAGGAUCUGAGGAAGACUCUGAACAAGCUGACUAAAGGAGAUUUAACCCCCGAAGAAGUCACGCUGGUCUGUGACAAAUCCAUCGAGGAGGCCGACCUGGACGGAGACUCCAAGCUCUCCUUCUCCGACUUCGAGAACAUGAUCUCGAAGGCUCCGGACUUCCUGAGUAACUUCCACGUACGAAUAUGAGACGAGAGGACAGACGUCUCCCUCGGACUCACUGGCGGAGAGGACCGGAGAAACCUGACAGAAAGUCUGCAGGCUCAGAGGAACCUGUUUCUGCAUCAAGUCUCUG